AUGGAGGAUGGAACAGAGCAGACGAAUUCCGCAGUUGGUGAUUGGCAUUCGAUUCAAGGUGAUCUUGUUAUUGUUUUUGCAAUUGUUCCUUUUGUUAGUGAAGGCAUUGUGGAUGGUUCAGUGAGUUCAUAUCAAGUAGAUGUAGAUGUUGAUGGAUCUUCAUCAAUUCCAGUUGAUCAAGAUUUGGUUGGUUUGGUAGUAAGUAAUGCUGAUGAGGCUUUUGAGGUGUAUAACAGUUAUGCAUAUAGACUUGGUUUUAGUGUGAGGAAGGGUCAUCAACGAUACAAGGGAUCUACGAACACAAUUCAAAUGAAGAAAUUUUGUUGUUCUAAGGCUGGUUAUAAGGCAAACAGUGGGGUUAAGGCUUAUUCCAAAAUUGACACAAGGACAGGGUGUGGAGCGUUUGUUCAAUUUGACGUGGGUGAUGAUGGGUUGUGGACAGUUACAAAACACGAGAAAGACAGUGGUAUUGCAUUGGCAGAUGGUAUUAGGUUCCUAAAACACCAAUUAGGGGGGUCCCCUUUAGUUGGUUUCACCAGUAGAGAUGCUUAUAAUUCAAUGGCUGCGGAUACUGUCAAGCGAUUGGAUGGAACGGAUUCUAACUCUUUAAUUGAAAUUUUUAGGAGGAGGCAGUCUACCGAGACUGAUUUUUUCUUUGAUUUUGAACUUGAUUUGGAUGCAAGGUUGUGCAGUUUUUUUUGGAAGGAUGGUCAAAUGAGACGAGAUUACGAGGUGUUUGGGGACUUGUUAGUGCAUGAUACGACAUAUCGCACAAACAAAUACGAUAUGAUUUGUGGCCCUUUCGUAGGGAUGAAUCACCAUUACAUGAAUGUAAUGUUUGGAUGCGGGUUUUUGAUGAAUGAGAGGAUAGAAUCGUUUGUGUGGUUGUUUAAAGCGUUUUCAAGAUCAAUGGGUGGCAAGUCUCCACAGACUAUUAUGACAGAUCAAUGUGCAGCUAUGGCUGUUGCUAUAUCUAAAGUGUUUCCAACAUCACGUCAUCGUCUUUGCAUAUGGCAUAUUGAGACCGAAGCUGAAUUUCAAUUCUAUUGGACAAGGUUGGUGACUGACUAUAAAUGUCACAAGAAUACUUGGUUAGAAAAGCUAUAUGAUUGUAGGGAGAAGUGGUGUCCAGCAUUUAACAAGGACUAUUUUUCUGGGGGCAUUCUAUCAUCACAAAGGAGUGAAACUACAAAUCAUUCGAUUUCUAGAAGGUUGUCCAAGACAGCGGGUCUUUGUGAUUUCUAUUCAUCGUUUGUAAGCGUAAUUUCUGAAUGGAGAAGUAAAGAGAACGGUGAAGACUUUCGGUGUGCUCAAGGGGUACCCGCUAUGAUGAUGGAGCAUGUGAAACUUCUUUCACAUGCUAGAGAGAAAAUUUCAAAGAUUAGUUGUAGUCAAGAUAGCAGCGUAGCUAGGAAAUUGUGUGACGAAGCUGUUGAUGAUGUAAAGAAAAAGGUUGAAGCCGAGGUUGGGCAUGUGCAUAUUGAAGACUGUGGUGUUUCAUCUUCAAGUGGUGGUGUUCAAAAUCCUUCAAGUCGGAGAUUGAAAGGUGAGCGUAACAAAAGGAGGAGUGGUGUUAUUGAAAAGAAGUACAGUCUUGCAAGGGGGAGAAGGAGUGCUGCAAAUAAAGCUGCAUUGAGUACAAAGGGUGCUGUUCAGUCUUUGGUGUUGGAAAACAUAUCCAAGCUUGCUGGGGAUGGAUACCUUGUACAUCCAAGUUCUUCAAGUUCAAAUUUUGUUCAGUUUAGUAAGGGUUUAGAUGACAAUGUAUGUGUAGAUUGA